AUUGAACUGACAAUGCGUGUGGUGUGUGUCAAAUCCAAUCUCCUCCACAAAGUCUCACCUUCUCUUCUCUUCUCUUUCAGAUUGGAAGAGAACAUCGUAGCAACUUUGCUAGAUAGUAUACCUGAUGGCUCUUAUAAACGACGGAAGCACCUUUUCAUUGCGUACCAGUAGAUGGAUUUUCGAUGUCUUCCUUAAUUUUAAAGGUGAGGAUACCCGUCACAAUAUUUUGCGUCUUCUAUAUGCUGCUUUGGUUCAGAAAGGAAUCUCCACGUUUAAGGAUGAUAAAGUACUCGAAAGAGGAAAACCCAUUCCUUCAGAACUCUAUAAUGCAAUUGAAGGAUCAAGGUUUUCAGUUGUUAUUUUUUCAAAAAACUAUGCAUCCUCUAGCUGGUGCUUGGAUGAACUUACAAAGAUUGUCGAAUGCCGCCAAAAAAUGAAGGGGCAUACAAUUUUUCCAGUUUUCUUUGAUGUUGAACCAACUGAGGUACGGAAGCAGGAAGGGAGUUUUAGAGAAGCAUUUACGAAUCAUGAAGAAGCUUUUAAGGAGAAGGUGAAAAUAUGGAGGGAUGCUUUAAAAGAAGUCGCCAAUAUCAGUGGUUGGGUUAUACCGAAGGGGCAGGAGUCAGAAUAUAUAGAACCAAUUGUUGAGAAGAUACUCCAAACACUGAGUUCCAUAAAACAAAACGAGGGCUUGGUUGGAAUAGAAUCUCGUGUAUGGGAAGUAUAUUCAGAAUUAAAAAUAGGUUUGACUGAUGUUCGCAUGAUUGGGAUAUAUGGGACAGGUGGUAUCGGUAAGACAACCAUUGCACGAGUGGUUUAUGAUAGCUUCUCUAAUCAAUUUGAAGCUAGUAGCUUUCUCCACGAUGUUAGAGAAACAUAUGAAAGACAGGGUUUAGUUUAUUUGCAGAAAAAACUUCUUUCUGACAUCUUGAUGGAAAGAAAUAUAAGAUUUGAAAGUGAGGACGCAGGAGUCCGAUUGAUCAAGCGCAGGCUAUGUAAUAAAAAGGUACUUCUCGUUUUUGAUGACGUUAAUGAUAGGGUUCAAUUACACUCUUUGGUUGGAGAGCGUAGGUGGUAUGGUCCAGGCAGUAGAAUUAUCAUUACAACGAGAAAUCAAGGUUUGCUAAUGACACUAGGAGUUAAUGAAAUAUAUAGCCCUGCGGAAAUGAGUAAUGAUGAGGCUCUUCGUCUUUUCAGCUCGACAUGUUUCGGCAGUGAACACACUCCUGAAGGUUAUAAGGAGAUGUCCAAACAUGUUGUCAGUUAUGCUCGCGGCCAUCCUUUAGCAAUUAAGGUUUUGGGUUCUCAUCUAGUCGGCGGAAGCAUCCCUGCAUGGAAAAGCUGUUUAGAUGGGCUUGAAAAUAAUAUUCCAACAGAACUUUUUCAAGUAUUUCAAAUAAGUUAUGAUGGUCUAGGAGAAACAGAAAAAGAAAUAUUUCUACAUAUGGCAUGUUUCUUCAAUGGGGAGGACCGAAAUCGCACAGUAGAUAUACUAGACACUCUUGAACUUUGCCCAGAAAUUGGAUUAAGGAUUCUUGUGGAUAAAUCUCUCUUAAAUUUAUCUUUAGACAAGAACAGCUUAUGGAUGCAUCCUCUAGUUCAACAAAUGGGCCGGGAAAUAGUUUGUAGAGAAUCUCCUAAAUGGCCUCCCAGACGAAGUAGACUAUGGUUGCCAGAGGACAUUGACGCUGUGCUUAAUAUAGGAACAAAAACUACUUUUAAAACUACUAGUAUAGUCCUCAACUUGCCUGUACAAAAAAAGGUACAUUGGCAUCCAAAAGCCUUUUUAAAGAUUCCUAAUCUUCAAUUGCUCAAAAUUUACAAUGUGCAACUUCAGCAUGGACUCACACAUUUUCCUAAUCGGUUAAGAUUUGUUGAAUGGAAUGGGUAUCCUUCAAAAUCUUUGCCACCAAAUUUCGAACCUGGGGAGCUUGUUAAACUUACAAUGUGUCAUAGCAAUAUUGAACUACUUUGGAAGGGAGUAAAGCAAUUGAACAAUUUAAAGUUCAUCAAACUCAGUCACUCCCGAAAUCUUAUUAGUACUCCAGACUUCUCAAAGGCUCCAUGGCUUAAGAGAAUAGAUUUUGAAGGCUGUACAAGUUUAGUUGAGGUUCACCCAUCCGUUGGUGUACUUAAACGCCUUACUUUGUUGAAUCUGAAAGAUUGCACAAGUCUUAAAAGUCUCCCACCCAAGCUUGAAAUGAAAUCUCUAGAAAUUCUUAUCCUUUCUGGCUGCUCCAAAGUCAAGGAGAUUCCAGAAUUUCUAAAAGACAUGGAACGGUUACGGGAGCUUCAUUUAAAUGGUACUGCAAUUAAAUAUCUACCUUCGUCAAUUGAACAUUUAACUGGUCUGACUUUAUUGAAUUUAAGCCAUUGCGAAAAUCUGGUGGGUCUUCCACGUGCCGUUUUUAGAAUGGAGUACCUGAAAGAAUUCUAUGUAUUUGGAUGCUCAAAAUUAGGUGAGGAAUGAUAAAAAAAGACCGGUAUGAGUAUGGGUAGAAAAUAUUUUCAGAAGUUUAUUUUUUUCACGUUUUUCUUUUCAUGAGAAGGAAUUUUUCAAAGGUUCAAGAUGAUGGAUCAAGGUUGUCCUCCUGAACAGUCGAACGGGCCAUGCAAGAUUUUUUUUUUUUUUUUUAAGUAUUCUUUUAUUAAAAAAUUGUAAACUUUGAACUAUAUCAUGGUUUUCACUUUAUUGAGAUUGAAUAAAUAUUGUAUUAUU